GGGGCCGGCGGCGCCGCGGAGGCGGGCGCGGGUGGGCCGGGCCGGCGGCGCCGCCGCGGGCCCCCGAAGCCGCACGCCGCCAAGCCGGGCGGCGAGCGCCCGGGAAGCCGCGCGGAAGAGGAAAGCGGCGGCGGGAGCGUGCUCCCGGGCGAGGCCGGCGCGGACGCGGAGGAGGGCGGUCCGCGGCGGACGCCGGCACGGCUCGACGACAGCGCUCUCGUAGACGAGGACAGUAACCAGCCAAUGCCGGUGGACCGGUUCUUUGGAAACGUUGAGUUUUUACAGGACAUCCCAGCAGUUGCCCUUGCAAGCACGACAGUGAGCAGACGAGAAUUUAGAAAGCUGCAUUUCAUUGCAAAGGAAGAUGAGGAGGAGGAAGAGGAUCUCCUUUAACUACAAAAUGUAAAAUAAAGACAACUAUUUUUUUAAGGA